CGGUUUGUUUUUGUCGAUACACUCAGCCCCGUCUUGACGCUGCUAGAGCUCCGAACGUUUGUAUUUAGGCUUUUUUUUUUUAAUUAUCAUCCUGCUGUAGCCCCGUCGUUAAUUAUAAACAUAUUCAAACCGACAGUUUUAUAUUUUAUGUACAUUUAUUGUUUGUCGUAACUGCUGCCGUUCAAGGCGGUCGGACAGUGCUCUUCAUGGCAAAGAGACGCAUUUAAGGAACACAGCUGCGCUUUUACAAGGUGUGUCAUUGCUCACCUCAUGGCCGCCACCUGGUCCAAGAUCUCCACCCUUCUUCCGGCCGACGAGGACCACUUCUCGUUACACUUUGACGACAAGGUGGAGGCGAGCGUCCUGGACGUGCUGAGGCGGUGCAGGCGGCAACUCUACACAGACACAGGGUCCGCCGCUCGCCUUCUCAACGCUCAGAUCAUCCUGGACGUCUCCUGGGAGAAGCUGAACACGGGGACGUGGCGCGACGUGGACAAGGAGUGGAGACGGGUCUACUCGUACGGUUGCCUCUUUAAGGUGUGUGCCUUGUGCGGAGAGCAGCCCGCAGAGGAGGACCUCCUGCAGGCCGUUCGCACCUGUGACAUGGGUCUGCUAAUGGGUGCGGCGAUCAUGGAUGAUAGACUGCAGGCUCUGGUCCAAGUACUGCAAAAGGAAGUCAGCAAAGACACCAAAAAUGAGAGUGAAAGAGAACAUCCUGAGGUCAAGAGAAUUAAGUUGGCAUGUCCAAAUGUUCCGCUGAUCCGGAAAGAUUUGGCAAUACCCAGAGUGAAAUGUCCGUCUCUGGAGAGCUUCAAGAACAAUUACCUGCUUCCACUAAAAGCGGUGGUCUUAGAGGGGACCAUUGAACACUGGCCGGCUCUCAAUGAGCACCCCUGGAGUGUAGACUACUUGAGGUCUGUGGCGGGGUGCCGGACUGUCCCCGUGGAGCUGGGCUCCAGGUACACGGACGAGGAGUGGUCCCAAAAGCUGAUGACGCUCAGUGAAUUCAUCGAUAGAUAUGUUUCCAAAAUGAGUGACACCUCACAAGAGGACGCGGCGACCGUCUGCGGCUAUCUAGCUCAGCAUCAGCUGUUUGAACAGAUACCAGAAUUGAAGGACGAUAUCCGUCUCCCUGAUUACUGCUGCCUGGGUGAUGGAGACGAAGAUGACGUGACGGUGAAUGCGUGGUUUGGGCCUGCGGGCACCGUGUCCCCGCUCCACCAGGACCCUCAGCAGAACUUCCUGGCGCAGGUGGUCGGACGCAAAUACAUCCGCCUGUACUCCCCGGAGGACUCGGACAAGGUGUACCCGCAUCCCUCUACGCUCCUUCACAACACCAGCCAGGUGGACGUGGAGAACCCGGACACGGAGCGCUUCCCGGAGUUCCCCAAGGCUCCGUACCAGGAGUGCGUCCUGCGUCCCGGCGACGUGCUCUUCAUCCCCGUCCAGCAUUGGCAUUACGUGCGCUCCCUGGAGCAGAGCUUCUCCGUCAGCUUUUGGUGGUCCUGAAAAAUACAGAGGGGGGAAAAAAAACAAACAUUUAGGGUUAAGUUGCGCUCCUGCCAGUUGUGGAUUGGAAUCAAUCACGGCGCUGAUUGGAAAUAGCGGGCAAAGGCGAGGAUAAUUGCGGCGAACGUCGGGACGAGCGAGGCCGCGACGGACCUCUGAUCCGUGAACAAUGAGCGCACGCCGCCGGAUGAUGAGUUUAAUUGCGCCGCUGAUGAUUGCCACAACAUCUAUUGUGUGUCAAGCUAUGAAGGCGGGCUGAGAAAUGCAACAAAAUCAGUAAUUAAAAGUGUUCUUCUAAUUCAA